AUGGAGCUCGCAUCCAAAUCCCAAAACCUCUUCAACGUCUAUCUCCGACUGCGACCCCCGUAUCCAGGAGCGCUGCAGACGGAGCGCAUCCUUGACGUCGAAGCCGCUGCAGACAACCUGCAUCCGUCCCACAUCACGCUCAACCCACCACCGGAUCGACGAAGGGCCAUCGAACGGUUUGGCUUCACGCAGGUGUUUGAAGAGGACGCCAGCCAGCUCGACGUCUUCCACUGCACGGAUGCCCCGUCUCUGAUCGAGGGCGUGCUGGCGCCCCAUGGCGGCGAUGGAACAGAUGCUGUCGUGGCCACGCUUGGUGUCACGGGCUCAGGCAAGACGCAUACGAUCCUUGGCAGCCGUAACCAGCGAGGCCUCACUCAACUGGCCGUGGACGUCAUCUUCCGAUCAAUUAGCGACAACAUGGUCGAAUCCGCCCAGUCGCCAACUCUCGACUCGCUCCAAGCCUGCGAUGCCUCCGAAUCUACCCUCGUCACGGCACCCUACUUUCUCGAUGGCAUGAAUGGAGAUAUACCGCAGGGGACAUACCGUGGUUCCGGCGGCUCAAGAUCAACCACGCCCAUGAUGGUACGAACCCAGUCAACCCUCUCGUCGAUCAAGACAUCCACUCCCAGUAAAGUUCCGCGAAGAGUUCAGCAAAUGCCUGGCUCCUUUCCCGAUUCAGCAAUGUCAAGCCCGAAAAGUGUCAGGCCUAGUUGCUCGGCGCAACCGUCUCUGGGAAUCAGCAGAUCCAACACAGCGGCCAGAAUUCCGUCGCCCAAGCGGGCACUGGAGCGGCCAUUCAUGUCUUUAACCGCCGCCAGUCGCCUCAAGACAACAGCUAAACAGAACAUAAAGGGCGAAAGUACGUUUUCGAGUCAACGACGAACCCUACGCCGAAAUUCAACUUUGCUCAACUCGCUUCCCUAUUCCCCGGAUGUUAGCGACUUUGUAGUGCCCUGCGAUCCCGCCGCCGAGUACGCCGUCAUCGUAUCCAUGUACGAAGUUCACAACGACCGCAUCUACGACCUUCUCACCCCCGCCAGCAAAUCCGCCGCUAACAAAGACUACCGCCGACCCCUGUUGUUUAAACCUACCGAACUAUCCCCUGAUCGCAAAGUAGUUGCUGGUCUUCGCAAGGUAGUCUGUACCGAUGUUCGAGAGGCCCUCUUGGUGCUUGAGGCAGGCCUGCAGGAAAGGCGAGUGGCUGGUACGGGGAGCAACAGUGUCUCGAGCAGGAGUCAUGGCUUCUUCUGCUUCGAAGUCAAGAAGAGGUCAUUUGGUUGGCAGAACAACUCAUGGACUGGGAGCAAGCUUACCGUUGUUGACCUCGCGGGUAGUGAGAGGGCGAGGGAUGCAAAGACUCAGGGCGCAACACUAGCAGAAGCAGGAAAGAUUAACGAGAGCCUCAUGUAUCUUGGCCAGUGUCUCCAAAGCCAGAGCGAGGUCAGCGCUGGCAGAGCCAAUGUUGUCCCUUACAGACAAUGCAAACUUACCGAGAUCCUCUUCUCCAACUCGUUCCCAUCCGCGGCAGGAUCCUACUCUCACACUCCGCGCCGAAACCCCCAGCGAGGCGUCAUGAUUGUUACGGCUGAUCCUCUAGGCGACUUCAAUGCAACAUCCCAGAUUCUUCGCUACAGCGCUCUUGCUCGAGAAGUCACUGUUCCCCGUGCGCCAUCAUUUACGGCCAAUACGCUUGCACCAAGUCCCACGGUUUCCACGCAUCACACCAGGCCGUUUGGCAAUGCCGGCUUUGGAUCUAUGAGAAGCCAUUUUUCGCCUGUUAAAGCCACCGACGAGAGAGUGACCAUGGAGAUUGCCGCGCUGGAAAUUGCCAGAAUGAGCGAGGAAAUUGAGCAACUCCGUCAGGAAAUCGAAGUGCAGAGCGAGGCCCGUAUUAUAGCCGAGGCUCACCUCCUUAGUACGGAGGAUCGAAUGAUUGACAUGGAGGCCGCCGUUCGAGAGGAGUGUGCGCUUGAAUUCGAGCAGCGUCUUGCUAUGGAACUGGCUCGCUUCAAAGCAUCCAUGCAGAUCGAAAAGGAGCGGCAUGAGGAGCACUGGGACCGCAAGGUGGACAUCUUGGAGCGCGGCCUGGACACGGGCUUUGAAGAAGACUUUGACAAGGAAAACGUCUUGGUAGAGAACCUUACCCAAGAGGUCGAGCGGCUGCGACGCGAAAACAUGAUCCUCAAGAGGGAGCUUUCAAACCGCAGUCCGAGCAAGCGGAAGCCCCUGGAAGAGCGCGAGGACUUUGUGCUUCCCAGCGGCAGCGGGACGCCCAAGCAUGACAGCGUGACGAGUAUCAGCCGCAAGUUUGAACGCAUCAAGAUUAGCAGCGACGUGGGUGGUGCCAAUGGGCCUAGAAGUCCCAAGAAGGUGCGCAGAUUGGUGGCCAGGCGCUGGGAUGAGCCGGAUGAUGUUUAG